GCGGCGGGCGGCGGGGCCGGGUCCCCACCCGGAGGAGGGGCAGGCUCCAACCCGGGGCCGGGGCGCUGGAGCCGGCCCGCCCGCCCGCGUCCGAGCGGCCUUCCCCAGAGCCGAGCGCUCGGAGGUUCUUCUGCCCCGGCUCAUGGAAACGCUUCCUGGCAGUAGAAUUGUGGAGUCUUGAGCACCAGCCAGCACCCUUGGCCUGGGGAUUUUAGAGUGAUCACUCAUGGGCAAGGUGUUUGCGUUCCUGAGGGAAAAUUACCAGUCCAUCCUGGCUGCGUCUCAGCAUUGCCCAGGAGAACUCGAUGAGAUGAGAGAAGACAGCAAGAUGAAGAGGAAGAAGAGGGUGCAGCUAAGAGAGCAUCUUAGUGCCUGGGACCACCCUCACGGUCAGGAGAGCCUCGCUUCCCUCGUUCUCAGUGUGCAGCAACACUUAGCAAUUACUCACGGUACUCUGCAGCCUCAGAGCUGUCAUUAUAUUAGCCCAGUUGGUUUACACAACAUUGGACAGACCUGCUGUCUUAACGCCCUGAUUCAGGUAUUCAUUAUGAACGUGGAGUUCACGAAGAUAUUGAAGAGAAUAUCAGUGCCAAAGGAAGCAGAAGAGCAAAAGAGAAGUGUCCCGUUCCAGCUGCUUUUACUGCUGGAGAAGAUGCAGGACAGCCGGCAGAAGGCGGUGCGGCCCACGGAGCUGGCCUGCUGCCUCCAGAAGCACAACGUGCCACUGUUUGUCCAGCACGAUGCUGCUCAGCUCUACCUCACGUUCUGGAACCUUCUUAAGGAUCAAAUAGAUGAUGUGGACUUGGUAGAGAGGCUGCAGGCCCUGUACACGAUCCGGGUGAAGGAGUCCCUGGUUUGCCUCCUCUGUACCAGAGAGAGCAGUAGGAACAGCAGUAUGCUGACCCUCUCCCUCCCUCUCUAUGACGCGGACGCAAAGCCUCUGCAAACACUGGUGAGAGACUGGGAGGAGGCCCUGCGCUGUUUUUUCCACCCCAGGGAGUUAGCCAGCAAGAGCAAGUGGUUCUGCGAGGCCUGCGGGACGAAGACGCGUGGAAGCCAGGUCUUGAGGAUGACGCAUCUGCCCCAAACCCUGACCCUUCACCUGAUGCGAUUCUCCAUUCGGAACUCACAGACGGAGAAAGUCUGCCACUUGCUGCACUUCCCUCAGCGCUUGGAUCUCAGUCAGGUUCUUCUGGCUGAGCAUCAAGACUUCACUGAGGACGCAGAGCAGCGUGAAGCACAGUAUGAACUCUUCGCUGUGAUAGCCCACGUAGGGAUGGCAGACUUCGGUCAUUACUGUGCCUACAUUCGGAAUCCAGCGGAUGGAAGAUGGCUCUGCUUCAAUGACUCCAAUGUUUGUUGGGUGUCCUGGGAAGAUGUCCAGUGUACCUAUGGAAAUCAUCACUACCGCUGGCAGGAAACUGCAUAUCUUCUGGUUUACAUGAAGAUUAGAGGUUAAUGGAUAUACUCUAAACCUUCAGAGACUGACAAAUUCAUUUCUUUUCCUGUCAUUGGAUCUGCUGAGUCUUCUAGGAGAUUCUACAAUGAGGAAAAACAUAAAAACUGUAAUAAUUUAAAUGUUAAGUUAUAACCAUGAAUGGUUACUGGUGUGGUUUGGAUGUGGUUUGUCUCCAAAUGUCCUGUGACAGAGGCCUGGUCCCUUGUCUAGCAAUGUUGUGGGGCAGAAUCUUUUGAGAGCUGAGGCUUGUGCAGGGCAUCUGUGGCUCUUGCUUGAAAUUCUAGCUACUCAGGAGGCUUUGAGAGUUCAAAUCCAGAUAGGGCAGAAAAAGCCUUGAGACUUACCUUCCAUUGACAACUGAAACAAAAGCUGGAAGUGGAGCCAUUGCUCAAACGCUAAUGUGCCGGCUCGAGUGAAAAAGCUCAGGGAUGGACUGCACCUAAGCCCCGCGUUCAAGGCCCAGUAGUGCCCAUGAAUUAUUUCAGCUAGGCUCCCGUCUCCCUAAGUUUCCAGAGCCCUUGAAAAUGUACCACACCUGGAGAGUAAGCAUUCAACACAGGAUCCUGUGUAGGAAAUUCUUAUCCAAACCAUAACUCUUGUGAAUGAGGCACAAUAAGUAAAUAAAGUUAUUUCUUUCAAAA